AUGCGAUUUUGGUAUCCAUGUUCGGAAAUUGCACGCUAGUUAGAACUAAAAUGGAGGACUAAGAAGAUGGGCGCGUGAUUGUAGGAGUGUUUUGAACACUUUUACGGAUUAAUGUGAGUGAAAGUGUAGUUUUAUUUUAUCCAAGAUUACGGCGCGACAUUCUCUUUUUUCUCAUUCUGACAAAAGAAAAAAUAUGAAUCCCGAGGACGAAAAUAGAAUCCGCCAAAACUGGGAUAUCAUAAAGCAAGAAAUAAAUACGGAUGAUUUUGUGAGGAAAUUUAUCAAUUUAGGAGUAUUCACUCCGGUAGAAGGGCAAGACAUUUUAAAUGGCGGGCCUGGUUCUCUUGAGGGUAAAAGGGCAAACGGUUUCUGGAGAAAGUGAUACAGGGAGGCAAUAAAUGUUACCAGACUCUGUGCAAUAUUCUUUUGGAAAACAGCAACAACCCAAGGUACAAGACACUGGCAAAAGUUCUGGGUAUUGACCAGGAUCGUACUACGGAUUCCGGUAUCUCGGGAUGUGGCUCACAACGACCUGCAACAUCAGUCUCGGUCGCAAGUUCAUUAAGUCUUAACCUUGGUGCAUGCGCAGAAAAUAUGACUGGUGAUCGUGUAGAGCGAAUGGUGUCAGCACGGGCUCCAUGGCGUGAGGAGUUACCAAGACACGAAGAGACAAUGGACUCUACAGAAGAAGGUCAAGAAGAAAACAGACCCAGUACACCUGCUGAUGCGGUACAAAUGGCUGUAAAGAAAGCAAGUGAUAGUAAAAGUGGUAAUGUCGAUAUGGAAACAUUAGAAAAGGAACUAGUUAGAAUUGCCCCCACCAUUGCUGAUCUUUUCAGUAAAAUACAUACUCAGACAACAACAGUUGUCGGUCAAAGUGAUGAAGAACUGAAAAAGAUUAGAGACGAUAAUGACAGAUUAAGAAAAACGAACAGAAGUCUUGUUGAAAAAUUAAAUUCAUUUCAACAAAAGAUCAUUCAACUUCAGCUUGAAAAUAAGAAACUCAGAGAAAUAAGUGACAAUGAAAAAGUUAAGCAAACCCAGCUUGACGAAAAAUCAACAGAGCUAGAGAAAUUAAAAGACAAACUCAUUGAACAGAAACGGGCUCUUGAAGCCAAAGAAAAAGAAUUAGAUUCACAAAUGAAUAAAUUGCAAAACGUUAUCAUCGAUAACGAAGAGCAGAAAUUUAAACUUGCAAAUCUUGAGCAGCUGCAUGAAGAAGGCUUGAGAGAAUACGGAGAACAACAACAACAGAUAGAAGAGCUCCAGAAAGAUAAAGAACAACAGAGGGCACAAAUCCAAGCACUGGAGGACAAACAAAGUAUGAGCGAGCAUAUUGUCAUCGUAUGGAAGAGCGGUUUAAUGUUGGAUAACGUGGGGACCACCAAAAAAGACGAAGACAAGAUUUGGACCGGCCAAGUCGUGGAUGAACGGGAGGAUUGA